CCAACCACGAGAAAUCGUAACGACGUCGUCUUUGUUGACUCCUCUGUUCUGCGCAUCUGUCCACUGACGUGUUCGCCUAUCCAUUUGCAGCCGUAUUGAAAGCUCGAUCUCAUGGAUGUUUUCCAGGCGUCUUGGGUAUACUUGUGCCAGGCUUCCGCCGGGAUCUUUUCUCUCUCGUUGCUGCUUAGAUUUGGGAAGGUCACGCACAAACUUGGAGGAGGGAAGAGUUGGAAGAACCGAACCAUCCGUGUUCAAAGAGCAAGAACAGAGACUGCCUUCCUGGGAUUUGUUCCGUGCCCAUCAGCUGCCUCUUCCUACGAUCGACACGCAUGCUCCGAAAGUUUCCAGCUUUUUGGACUUUCCUUCUUCUUUGAGGCUUGACGACCCGCAUCUCUCUCUCUCGCGCGCGCGCGCGCUCGCGUGCGCGGAUACUUCGAUUCUUGACCUCCAACGCACGCUGAAGACUCGGAGGGGCGGCCCAAGGUGCGUCUUUUAUCCCGAAAGGUGACGACUUGGUGGGAUUCGAGGACGGAUUCCGGGGGGUGGGGAGGUGCAGCGAUUGGGGGGCGUGAAAAAUGGACGGUCUGAUGUUGAUGAAGGGGGUUCCGUCGACGGGCCUCGCCGUCGGUCGUGACGUCGCGUCACGGCACCACCUUCCGGCGGCGAAAGUUUACGCCUUGGGUCCUCGGGCAGCCGCGGGGAGCGGUGGGAACGUGGUGGAGGCGUCAGCGGCCGGUGUGGCGGCGAAGCGGUCGUAUAUGUUCCCGCUGCCGCUGAGGCGACUUUGGCCCGAUGGGGGUGGGGCCGUCGCGGACAAGGGGAGCGACGACGUUGCCGCGGCAGAAAAGGUGGAGAAAUCGGUGGCGCUGGAGGAGGAGGAGCAGGAGGCUGUGGCGGAAGUGGCGGAGCACCGGAGGGACAACUGGGUGUUGAAGAUACUGAGAGUGACGUCGAUGUGGGCGGAGAGGGAGGAGCCGGAAGCGGGCGGCGACCGGGAGGUGGCGGCUGUGGAAGACGGCGACCGGUGCGUCGGUUGCGAAAGCUCCCCCGAAGAUGGCUCGGAAGGGUGCGUCGUCGAAGACGAAGAAGAGGAGAAGAUGGUGUUCGACCGGGAGUCCUUCUCCCGGUUGCUCCGAAGGGUGUCUUUGGUGGAGGCGGAGCUCUACUCCAAGAUGGCCUACCUUGGUAGCCUGGCAUACAUCGUUUCCAAGAUCAAGCCGAAGAACCUCCUGAAAUGCUAUGGACUGCGAUUUGUAACUUCAUCACUGGAGAAGAAAAGCACAUCUUUAAAUUCGGAUGAGCAGCUGGAACCAUCUCAAGAUCAAGAACUGAAAGAGGAGGUCCAUGAGGUGGAAGAUAAUGACAAAAGGAAGGGAAAUAGUACUGGCAUAAGUGCAUCUGCUGCUUAUCAAAUUGCAGCUUCGGCUGCUUCAUAUCUGCAAUCUCAGACGACGGGAAUUCUUCCUGGUAAGACAGAGACAGGCAAGGAUUCAAUAGAAGGAAGCAGCAAAAAUAAAGAAGGUGGGACUCUGAGUCCAGAAGAGGCAUCAUUUAUGGCCACUACAAAUUCUGUCACUGCUGUAGUAGCUGGGAAGGAGGAGAUGAGACAAGCCAUUGCCAAGGACUUGAACACAGCCAAGUCUUUACCUUGUGAAUGGUACAUAUGUGAUGAUGAUAAAAGUGCAACAAGAUAUUUUGUCAUUCAGGGUUCUGAGACACUGGCUUCUUGGCAAACAAAUCUUCUUUUUGAACCCAUUCAAUUCGAGGGGCUAGAUGUACCCGUACACAGGGGUAUCUAUGAGGCUGCCAAGGGAAUGUAUCAUCAGAUGUUACCGGAAAUCAGAUCUCACAUGAAAUCUCAUGGUCAAUCUGCAACUUUGCGCUUCACUGGUCAUUCGCUUGGUGGAAGCCUUGCGCUGCUUGUGAAUCUUAUGUUACUAAUACGAGGAGAAGCACCUCCUUCAUCCUUGCUCCCUGUUAUAACAUUUGGUGCACCAUCGAUAAUGUGUGGAGGUGAUAACUUGCUUCGGAAAUUGGGAUUGCCUAAAUAUCAUGUCCAAGCCAUUACUAUGCAUAGAGAUAUUGUUCCUCGAGCCUUCUCCUGCAACUAUCCAGAUCAUGUAGCUAAGAUUCUCAAGGCUGUUAACGGCAACUUCCGAGAUCAUCCAUGUCUCAAGAACCAGAAACUGUUAUAUGGUCCCAUGGGGCAGCUUCUGAUACUACAACCUGAAGAGAAGUUCUCUCCAUGCCACCACCUUCUUCCCCCAGGCAAUGGCCUCUACAUCUUGGGCAAUUCAUUAGCAGACUCAAAUGAUACAGAAAGGCUACUGCAUGCUGCAACUUUAGCUUUCCUAAACUCUCCCCACCCUCUUGAGAUUCUUAGUGACCGCUCUGCAUAUGGUUCUGAAGGAACAGUGUAUAGAGACCAUGAUACAAAUUCCUACUUGAGGUCAGUCCGUGGUGUGAUCCGCCAGGAGCUUAAACUCAUUAGAAAGGUCAAGAGGGAGCAACGCCGUAAAAUUUGGUGGCCUCUUGUGGCCACACAGGACAUGCACCCCAGGGUUGUCACCUCCAGAUCUGCUGGAUCAACUAUCUCCACUCAACGCAACUUCAGCUUUGCCGGUGUUAUUCACGGAGGAAGGCAAACACUGAAACGGUUUGGAAGACUGGUUGCAUCGCAGCAUGUUCAUAUAUUUGUCGUGCUCUUUUUUCCAGCACGGUUAUUGCUCUUGGGAGCAUUAUCUGUGAUUAAUUGCAGCUGACUGAAGUCAGUUGCUGUAAUCUGCUGCAGUGGUUACAUUCUUUAUUCAUCAUACAAUUCUUUCAUAGAAUUCUGGAAUAGAUGGAAAAAUUGUCAUUAUUCACGAUAAAUAGAAAUGAAUAUAUAUGUCUCAGCAAAAGGUCUCAUGGUUCUUUGUUGAGUUCUGCUUUUUGUUUGCCCGAACAAACUAAAGAUCUGUUGUGAACAUACAUUUCCAAUCCCACAAUUCACUUGAAUUACUUUUCAGACUUCCAAUUUAAGAUGAAUUUGUGAGAUAAGAAGAAGAAAAUAUAUGCUGAGAUUUUAUUGGUUCUCAGAAUCCCUGGGAUCAAAUUCCCAUUGUAAGUCAUCUGAUCUCGGUCUGGUGAGCUUGAUUCUGAAUUUAUUCUUUUUAUCUUUUAAUUGUCACUGCUAUCAUCUAUUGAUUGUUAUAUAGCAGUUGGUCAAUCAUAUAUCUUGUUUAGAUCAUGCGUUUUGUUCGUCAUUCAAUAUCUAUUAAGUUAGAUUGGAUUAAUACCAUAGGCAUGUUGCAGAUAUUUAUAGGCAAUGCUUAUGACAAAUACCAACUCCACAUUAAUGUAGUCUUAUGAUGCUUUUCUGAAUAUUUUCAGGUUUGUUGAUUUUAGGUAAACUUCCUCAUGUCAUUCAUUGUAGUCUUAGCAAACCAUGAUAACCCAGAUUUUAGCUGAGUUGCUGAUUGCAUAAAGAGGCACAUACUUUGUGUUUGUGACUAAAUCAUUCAGUGCCAUACUUUCUUUAAUGGAUACGUGAGGUCGGCACAUCAUAUAACUCUACUGCAAUAAAUAUCAAACUCUUUUAUCAUAAAUCCUGAUACUUAUCAACCUUGCUUGCUUAAAUUUCUGAAUCUUGCCAUUUGAGAAUUUAAUCCCUCUACUUUCAGAUAUUUCUCGUUGUGAGUAGACACUAGAAAUUUGGUUUGUGUUCAAAUUUUAAAGGCUAGUAUGACGACAAACACGUGUUCAAAAUCAUGCUUCUGUUCGCAUCCAUCUUAGCUGUUGUAUCUUCUCGCUCAAAAUGGUAGGUGCAUGAGUGUCGUGUUUGAAUGUGACUCUAUGACUCUUGUGACUUUGGUGAACUGAUAAGGGUAUCGGAUGUUGCCAUGAUAUUUCUGCAUCUUGACCAAUUCCAUUUGUUUAAAAGCAUCAUUUUCCUUUUUGUCCAAUAUUUUGGCAUCUUACACUGGAAACUUAUGCCAAGGAAAUACAAAGAUACAUACAAAUGCUGACAGGUUGUGGACAGCUCCACCUUUGUCUUGCUCAAUCAAACACAUUUGUUAAGUGAACAGCAACAAGAUUGAGGUCCCAGCUUGCGUGGUUGAGGUUUCUAAGCCUAUCGACUCACUCUGAGGCACGUAUCAUACACGUAAGAGUAUGGCUGCUACGCAGGCAAGGCUUACACGUUGGACGCCGAUCAUUCUACUCAUAAGAUGUUGACAUAUUAGCUGAAAAUGUUGUGAAUUUGCAUCUACUAACAGGUUGCAGCUAUCUCAUAGCAAUCCUGAUUCACAUGGUCUUUUUUGUGGAUGCAUACUGGACAAAAUAAUUUUUUUUUGUCGUGUCUUUUUCUUCAGGUUCACCACCCACCCUUCUUUCUGAAGAGUAAUGUUUUGUUGCUGCUUUAACCAUGGUCUUUUCCUUUCUCUUCACUGUGAACUUGUAAGCUCUGCUUUGAUAAGUGUGGACUAGGGAGGACCAAAUGCUACAGAGAUGAAGCCAUACAUAUGCAUGCAAACACACACUAUCAUGGAUUACUUUGCUCUCAGUCUCAGAAACAGAUUAAAAUGCCAUCAUCUGGUCAAACAUGAUGAAGUUUUCGUCAA